AUACAAAUGUCGACAACCCUAUGACAGUGCAUAAAGAUAAGAAUUAUUGAAUAAGUUGACGCGUCGGUGCUUCCUAAACGUGUUAUCAGAAGCACUGACUGUUGAUAUGAAUCGUGCUUCUUAUCAAUACCUCAUUGUUAUACAGUUUCCCGCGAACCGUUUACUUUAUGUGUCGUUUUGUGUUACGUGAAAUAUUCAAUUGACAGAUCGCGCGGGUGCAGUAGUACGGGACAGUGCGGGACACUCACUCGUGUUUUCAACAAAAUAAGACAAUUCAUUGUACACCGAUGAUGUCGAAGCUGGCGGGUUGGUGGCGGCAAUCGCUGCGCCAGCGACCACUCAUCACGAACACUAUAACAUAUGCCACAUUUUACACUGCCGCGGAGCUCUCACAGCAGACGUUCAACAAGAUAUAUUCGCCAGAAAAACCGCCGCUGGAUUUUGCGGCUGCGGCCCGGAUUGUGACGGUUGGCAGUUGUGUGUACGCACCAACACUAUACUUUUGGUAUAAAUUCCUGGAUAGAAAAUUUCCAGGCACAGCAGUGAAGAUGGUGGCCACCAAAGUGAUGACUGAUCAGUUUGUCAUGACACCAAUACUUCUCGCCGCGUUUUAUAUAUUAAUGGGUAUUGUCGAAAGAAAAGAGGAUAUCUUUGAAGAAAUAAAGGCGAAGUAUUGGAAAACAUUCAUCGCUAACCAGGCCUUCUGGAUACCCGGACAGACGAUCAACUUCUUUUUCGUCCCAACACAUUUGCGUGUCGUGUAUGUAGCCUCAGCGUCUUUUAUUUGGAUCAAUGUUUUGUGCUUCAUCAAACGGCAGAAGACCGAGAAGACUGCAUGAGUACGUCAAGCAAAAAACUCUAUAUCAACCAUAAGAUUAUCUGCCAUCUCCACAGAUUACAAUAAAUGAACAAAUAGAAUAGACUCGGAUUUGAAUUUGGAUUUAAGGAAAAUUUG